AUGGAGAGGCUCGUGAAAAAAUAUGAGCAGCGAUACAAGAGAGCCAACGAAUGUGUGGCGCGAUGGAAUACCUCGCAAGGUAAGUUGCUGGGUCUCUUCUCCAAUGCGGCGGCUGUGAUCCAGCGUUUCCCGCUUCUCCUGUCCAGGGAUUGUUUUGAGGAAUUGGAAGGGAGGGAUGACCUCGUCGGGAAACAAGCCGAGUCGCUGGAGAAAAUCUUGUCCAUCAUGCGUGAAACACUGCUGGAUCUGGAGGAUGUUUGCAAAGAUUUUGAGAAGCUGUGGCGAGACGCGGCCAAUCUUUUGAAGAACGAGAAGCCCAAGCCUACAAGGCAGCAGGUCCAGCAGCGUUUUGGUUCCCGGCCCAGUCUAGAAGAUUGCGUCAGUGGACUCAAAGACUUGUACGCCAUGCACAGAGACGAAUAUGCUCUCAAAGCCGAUAUUAUUUCCAGUCUGACUUACGACACAAAGGCAAAUGAUAUUGUUGCAAUGCAAACUGUUUUGGCGGAUCAGCCCAACCUUCCUCCGGACGAAGUCGAAACAAUUUUUAAUAUGGUAUUUGCUGGAGGAGGACGCUAAAGAACAAAAAGAAAGAGGAACAAAUCAUAUACAAAGGACUGAUCAAAUCUUUUCAAUAGGGAGGUUCCAGUGAUCCACUCGGAAAGGGAUGGGAGAACCGAUAAAUUUAAUUCCCCGUAUUCACUGGAGGGGGCAGAAGAACAACCAAAUAUAUGGGAUCGGAUUCUUCUUGUAGGGGUACUUUGUGAAGUUACAGCGCACCAAAGCUCAUUUGGUUUGAUCUCUCUCGAGUAGUAAAAGUUUGGUUAAAGUUCUCCUCAAACGCAGGAACAAACGGGACGAUUUACUUGGAUCGAGCUUUUGGAGCUUUGUAAGGAAGAAGAAGAGGAAGAUCAGAAGACAGACAGGAAAGGGAUGGCAGAACAAACAUGACUGUGUAUCAAAUUUGUUUCUUCCUGGCUCUUUGCGCUGUUUUAUUGUGGUUGACACUAUCCCACAUGGUCCUCUUUGAAAUACAAGGCACGGGACGAACAAAAAUUCUAAAA